AUGGGAAUGAUAUCGGCAGAAGACGUUUUUGUUUGCAUACCACCCACAAUGGCUCUCUUCAAUUCCUCAGCACAGCCAUAUGUACAAGGCUUAAUGGAUAAGGAUUCAAGAGGAACUGGAGUUGAACAUCGCAAUCUAGGUGGGCAUUCAACAGCGGAGACGAAACAGAACAGGGAAACUCACAAAGACAUGAAGCGGCGAGAUGCCCUCCAACAAACAACCAUUUCUGGACAGUCAAGUCGCAAACAUCAAGGUUACGCAAAUGACGGUCCAAAGUUGCAAUCUGAGAACCUGAGACGCCUUGCUCAUCGGGUGUGA